UCUGAUUUAUUUAAAUCUUGGCAGAAAUUUUCUUUCUUCCACCACAAUGUUAAACCUCCAACUAAUUGAUUCUCUUAAGAACUGUACUCAACUCCAAGUUCUCAGGAUCUUUUCCAACAAGUUGACUGGAAAAUUUCCAAGUUCUGUCGCAAAUUUGUCAACUCAUCUCCAGCAUUUUUGCUUUUCAGACAAUUUAUUAACUGGCAGCUUCCCCCAGGGAAUUGAGAAUUUUCAAGAAUUGAUAUCCCUAUCAAUAGAAAAAAAUUCUUUUGUUGGCGAGAUACCAGAAGCAUUAACUAGCCUUAAAAGACUUCAAAGCUUUGCUGCAUUUGACAACAUGCUCUCUGGAGAAAUUCCAGAUAUUUUUGGCAAUUUCACGCAACUAUCUGAUUUAUUAAUAGGAAGAAACCAGUUUAUUGGUAGAAUACCUACUAGUAUUGGUUCAUGCAAAAGAUUGAACAUACUAGACCUAGCUGUAAACAGGCUUAGUGGGAGCAUACCAGAGGAGAUUUAUGGGCUUUCUUCUUUGGUCGCGUUGGAAUUCCAACAAAAUGCUUUAUCGGGUCCUCUACUUGCACAAGUUGGUAAUCUAAAACAGAUGCAAUUGAUGUAUGUUUUUCGCAACAAGUUAUCAGGAAAUAUUCCUGCAACAAUUGGUAGCUGUUCAAGUUUGACAAAACUCAAUCUGGCAGGUAACCAUUUCACAAGCUUCAUCCCAAGCACAGUUGGUGAAUUAGCAUCCCUGGAGACAUUAGAUCUCUCUUCUAAUAGUCUCACUGGCACAAUCCCUGAAGAGCUAGAGGAACUUCAGUAUUUAGUCAACCUUAAUUUGUCUUUCAAUUUUUUGGAAGGCCAAGUUCCAACAAGUGGAGUCUUCUUGAACCUCAGCCAUGAUAGUCUUAAAGGAAACAACAUGCUUUGCAAUAGUAACCAAACAAUUGGAAAAAAUUUGGGGCUUUCUCAAUGCAUUGCCGAAAGAAAGAACAAGUAUAUUUUGCUAAAGGUUAUACUUCCUGUUGCUAUCAUCACUUGCUUAGUAAUUUUCUUUUGCUUCAUAUGCAUAUUCAUAUGGAUGAAGAAGCAAAAAGCCAAGACGCACAGAGGAAUAAGUUUGUCCAAGGUUUUUCCUCCAAUGAUCUCUUACUCUGACAUCAGGCUAGCUACAGACAACUUCUCAGCAAAUAAUUUGAUUGGGAAAGGUGGAUUUGGGUCUGUUUACAAAGGCAUAUUUAGAAACUUUGGAGAUGAAUCCGAUAUCCGAGAAAUUGUUCUUGCUGUAAAAGUCAUUGACUUACAGCAAAGUAAAGCUCUCAGGAGUUUUGAAGCAGAAUGUGAAACUCUGAGGAACGUUCGGCACAGGAACCUUGUCAAGGUUAUCACCUCUUGUUCUAGCAUUGAACAUACAGGAGAAGAGUUCAAAGCUUUGGUUAUGGAGUUCAUAUCCCACGGAAGUUUAGAUAAGUGGUUGUAUGAAGAAGCUGAUGGUGAAGGAUCUGGGCUGUGCUUAACGUUAUUGCAAAGAUUGAAUAUUGCAAUUGAUGUUGCUUCUGCCAUGGAUUACCUGCAUAACGACUGUGAGCCACCAAUACUUCAUUGUGAUCUGAAACCUGGAAAUGUGCAAUUAGACCAUGAUAUGGUAGCCCAUGUUGCCGAUUUUGGAUUGGCAAGAUUUGCUUCUCAAGAUUCGUCAAGGAACGGGAGCAGGACAAUAGGAGUGAGGGGUUCCAUUGGUUACAUAGCUCCAGGUAUAGAUACACAUAAAUUACAAUUUUUACAGGUUUUUUUAGCAUUCGAUUUUAAUCUUUUGAAGUUUAAAAUUUCUGCAAAUCUCAUUAUUUUGUAAACUUAUUCAUAUUUAUUUAAGAUA